CACAAGUCAACUUUUGAAGACGAUAAGCCCUUACAGACUCCCAACUCAGUCUAGAUUCCAGGCUUGUUUUUCGAUUAAACCAACCAUUUCAAUCUUCUGAAAACACAAAACCCAUCUCCCCACCAUGUCUUUCCUUGAAUCUCUUUUAGGGUUUUGCCUGAUAGCAUCAUUAUCUGUGAUUUCUGCACAAACCCAUCACAAUGAAACCCAAGCUUUAGUUUUGGAUUAUAAGACACAAACAACAGUAUAUGAAAUGCUUGAAAAAUUCAAUUUCCCAAAAGGGAUUCUCCCAGAAGGUGCCACUGGAUAUGUGCUUUAUGAUGAUAACAGAUUCGAGGUCUAUCUGAAUCGAGACUGCAAGUUUAAUGUUGAUGGAGGGUAUACUCUGCAUUACAGCAGGAAGAUCACAGGACGAGUUGGGUUUGGUUCUUUGAGGGACUUGAAAGGUGUGACCGUGAAGAUCUUGUUCUUAUGGUUGGGCAUCAAUGAGGUAAGCAGAGGAGAAGGGAAUUUGGAUUUCUAUGUAGGACCCAUAUCGGCUUCUUUCCCCCUCGACAAUUUUGAAGAGUGCCCUCAGUGCGGUAACGGGGUGGAUUGCCCUAAACUGGUUUCGGAUUCUUGAGGAAAGAUGAACAGGGAUUUCUUUCUCUUCUUGUGUAAUUUUUUCUUCUUUUUUGAUUAUGAUGGUUCAUGGUUAUUCUUGUUGCAAAAAACUUCGAUAUGAUUCGAAUUGAAUAAACAUGGAUCAUGAUGUUA